AGUUUGUUGCUAAGCAACGGAUGAACACGGCAACGCUUACAAACAAGCCGGAGAAAAAGCUCCGUCAGCCUUUGAUCACGGACAUCAAAGUUCCAGUGGAUCCUUGUUUUGCUCACCAAAACUUUUCAACAAGACGAUUUGAAGAGAGAGAAAUGGACAAAAUGGAAAUGCAUUUCAACUCCUGUCUGCUGCUCACAGAGAGGCACAGCUAGGAUUUCAACGAGGCUUGGACAAGAAAUGAAUACAGUAAUGCAAUAUUACUGUGGUUCUGUGGUGUAAAACACCAUCAGCUUUUAAUUGUUAACUUUGUGCAGAACUCAUAGACACACCAAGGUUAUUGUUGUAAAAUGGCAUCCGGGGUUGAAUCCAAAGGCGAGGAGCCAACAGCCAAGGAAAAAACACUGGUAAAGAAGGCCAUAGCACUGUUUGAUACUUUUUGCAAUGGCAGACAAUGUCUGGAUGACUUCAUCAAAGAUGCUUCGGAAGACUUGGAGAACAUGGAUCCUGAACAUAAGAUGUUCAUUCUCGAUAUCAUCUCUGGGUGCAGUGAGUACAAAUCUGUACUAGAUGCAGUCAUUGAUGUUUUCUAUGACCAAAAUUACACAUGGAUAUCCAGAGGUGACCGCAGCCAGUUUGUCAUUAUCUGUUACCUCGCUACAUUUGCGCUGGAUGAAAUUGGAUUUGAGUUUUUUACAAACAUUGUGAAGUCGCUCGACGUCAGAAAGAUGUACACUUUCAUGAAUUUUUUCCUCACUAACCUCACAACGUGGAUUCAAGACGAGUGGAAUAAAAUCUAUGACGCCAGCUACGUGGAGAAAAACUGGAUAGGCCCUUUACUCAGAUGGCGCCCUGACAUUGAGGUUCUGGUAAAUCAGCUUUCUGUUGGAAUGACGUGUGCAUCCCAGCUCAAAAAACCUGCAGUCAGAACCACCAAACCUCAGGAGUUUGCUAUCACCAGACCUAAACCUCGACCUUUGCCAAUGCCUGAGGAGAUUCCAGUGAUGGAAAAAACCAAACCGGUCCCACAGAGCACCUACAGACCUCCUAAAGAGAUGGAGAUAUUAGAGGAGCUAAAACAAAAGAACCACCAAAGAUCUGAGGAACUGCUGGAGGAAACAAGGCAGAGACAGCUCAGACUUGCAAAUUCAGAAAAGUCUGAACGCACCAUGCAACUGAUGUCCCAGAUUAAAGAAGACAUAGAUUCGAAGUACAAAUUCCAAUUCCAUUCCUCCAAACCUCCACGCAGUACUGAGAUUCCCACCUAUCCCAUAAAGCUCAACAGUGCUGCUAAAUUGAGGCAGGUGGCGCUACGUAACCACCAGGAGCAGAAAGAGCUUCAGAGAAUAAAGGAUUUGAUCGAAGGGGGACACGAGCCCUCCUCCUUCUUACACUGGCAGGAGAAGAUGCGGGAGAAGAUGCUUCAGGAGGAGAUGGACAAGAGUGAGCGCAAGCACCUGGAGGGAUACGUCAGUCACGACAGGGCAGCUGUGGCUCGCAUACGCAUGAUGGAACGCAACCACAAAGCUGUGCAGACCAUUAAAGAAGGGAAAGCUUCCCUGAUGCGGAGGUACGCAGACAAAAGGAUGACGGAGGAAAAGGGGAUCAGAGUUUUGAUGCAACAUGUGGCCGAAGGACGCAAGAACUCCAAAGAUGCAAAAGACAAGCUGAUGAGGUUCAAACAAAGCAUCGUGAGGGAGGUUUCAGGAGAAAGUAAAAAGCUACUCCGACAAGCACUGGAGGAUUCACAAGCUGAAAUGAACAAAAAAUUCCAACUUAUCCGUGAAAUCAGCAUCAUGGAGUCACUUCCUCACCUCAGAGCCAACUUCUAUGACGAUACAGAGACUGGAGGACAUAAACUCUUAGGGGAGAUGUCAGUAGCUGAGCUCAAGGUGCGUCUUUCCAAAAUUAAAGCGACGGAGCAAUCAAAGGUGCAGGACAAACGAAAGACUAUACAAGAGAAGAGGGACGCAAAGAAGCGGCUGCAGCUGGAACAAACGGAGCAGCUGGAGAGCUUCAGUCUCCAACAGAAAGCAUCAGCAAUCGCUGCGGCCAUCAAGAAGGAGGAAGAGAGGGCAAAGAAAGCAAAACUUAAGGAACAAGUUAUGCAGAGUGACAGAAAUGUGGCCCUGCGAAAGCAGCACGAGGAAUUAAGUCAAGAGAGGCAAAGACAGAAGGAAAUGGAAAAAAGCAAAGCUGGACCAACCUCUAAGUACCCCACAAAAGGCAGACCACCGGAGAAAAGUGAAAAGAGGAAAAACAUGGAGGAGCUGCAGCAGUGUUUAGAGCGCCACAUCCAGGACAACCCUUAGCAACAAAAUGUUCCACAAAACAAACACAGAUUAACCACAAGGCCUGUGAAUAUCAACCACUCCUUUACGGUGUCAAAACCCAAUGACUAAUCACAGAUUUGUGUGAAUUUUAUAUAAUGUAAAUGUUCUGUACAUAGAUCCAGGAGGGCAUUUGUAUUUCAUAGGUUAUAAGUCAUAACAGCAUGGUAACCGUCCAUAUGUAGAUAAAUGUCCACAUACCUUAUUUAUUUACUUUAUUUAAUCCAAUAAUUACUUUGUAUCGUAUAGACAGGAUGUCUGCAUGUGUACUGUAUGUGUAGUGAUCAGUCUUUAGUACUCAAGAGAAGUUGGGGGUUAAGAAAAAAUUCAAAACCUUCAAUUAUGAGUCUAAUUUACAAAGACAAUACUUCGUUAUGUUUGGCUCAUAAAUCCGAGGCAUGAAAGAAUAUUUUGAGUGAGUCACAAGACAAUAUUUUAGUUUCUGAAGUAGAUAGUUUGAAGAUAGUUUGAAAGAAAUCUUCAACGUGAGAAUGUGUCUGGGCCAAAGUCCCUGGAGAAGCUUAGGCCAGAAUCCAAAUUUAAUUUUAAAAAAUAACAAAUUUCAGUCCUUUUUUUAGUCCUAGAGUUUCAAGAGUGGGUGUCAUUGAACUUACGCCCCCACCCCUCCUGUUUUUUACAGGUCA